CUACUGAGUUUGACUUGACUUGUCUUCUCAUUCAAGCUGGUGGACGCUCACUGAUGAAGAAGGAACCUGCGUCGGCAACACAUUUCGGCUUCUUACCUACUUUUACACACCUUACGGACUCACCUGAGUAUUAUCAUACAUUGAAGUACGCGACUUUCAAGUAGUUUAAGGCGUCUUAAAGUGCCGUGAAGCGUGAAAGUGGAUCUACUUUGCUUGCCGUAGUAGUUGGUGAGCCGCGGCUUGUCUCAACAUCAUCAUGGACAACUGAGUGAACCCUCUUCGCCCCCAACUGCAGCAAAAGAGAAGACGUGGGACAUGAUUAGGAGGUGGAAGUCUUCAGCUUAACAAAGAUCAUCAAUGAAUAUCUGCCAUGCUACAUGGGAAGGCUCCAAACUCCUCCCUACUCUUGUUCCUUAUCAUCGGCAGCAUCCUCGCCUUAAUACAUGCUCACUCCUACCCUAGUUUUUCCCGUGAUGGCACAGAAUUCCAGCACCUUGUCCUCCACCCAGACCCGUCCGUAGGCAAAGUCUACGUGGGUGCAAAGGACUACCUUUUCCAGCUGGAUGGAUUAGACGGACUGCGUCUGGAGCAAGAGGAGAAGACUGGUCCUGUAAGAGACAGCAAAGACUGCAUUCCUCCUGUCUCGGAUUCCAACUGUCCCCAGUCCAGAAGAACCAAUAACCAUAACAAGUUACUGCUGGUGGAUCCCAAUGCUUUAGAGCUGAUCACCUGCGGCAGCGUUUACCAAGGAACUUGUCAGAAACGGAGCCUGACGUCCAUCAGUGAGGUUCUUUUCUCCACCGAGAGGCCAGUGGACACGCAGUAUGUGGCGGCAAAUGAUCCGUCUGUGUCAACUGUGGGGCUCGUGGUGGGGCUUCGAGAUGGAGAAAGGACUGUGAUGUAUGUGGGCAGGGGAUACACCGCCAGCCAGCCACCCAUUUCCACCAGACACCUUUCAUCUGAGCCUCUCUUUUCCUACGAGGAGACGGCCAAGCUGGCCGUCGCUGGGCGCCUGUCGGAGUACGACCACCACUUUGUGACCACGUUCACACGGCGGAGUUAUGUCUACUUUUUGUUUUACCGGCGAGACAUCAAGUCAUCGUCCAGGGAGUACCAAACCUAUGCUGCUAGAGUUUGCCUAGACGACACCUCUUACUAUUCCUAUGUGGAAGUACCGCUUGUUUGCCAAUCUUCAUCCUCCAGAGUGUACAACCUACUCCAAGCAGCACAGGUGGGCCACGGUAGAGACAGGGAGGGUGAGGAACUGUUGGGAGUCUUCUCCACCCGUGUCAGCUCAGCAAACCAACAUCCGUUGGAUGGCUCUGCUUUGUGCGUCUUCCCUUUGGACGAACUCGACAAGCAUAUCGACUCCACUAGAGACCGGUGUUACACCCAAGAUGGCAUGGCGCAGGACGGAGGAGAAGUGGCCUACAUAGAAUAUGAGGUCAAGUCCAGCUGUGCCAACCUACCCAUGAACACCCUUCAGGCAUAUCCCUGUGGCUCCGACCACACCCCGAGUCCGAUGGCAAGCCGGGUGCCUCUGGUAGCCACGGCUGUGUGGCAAACCUUGUCCACCCACCUCACAGCUGUGGCUGUCAACGUCCGGGAAGACCACAGCAUUGCCUUCCUGGGAGACUCCAAGGGGACGCUGCACAAGGUAUAUCUGGGCCAAGAUGGCCAAGUGGAGGUGUAUGCCAACGCAACCAUCCAGCCCAACUCUCCCAUCAAGAGUGAUUUACUCCUGGACCAGAAGAGCGCACACAUCUACAUCAUGACCAAGGCUGCUGUAGAGAAGCGACCGGUUGCAGAAUGUGGAGAUCACUUGGAGUGCCAGUCGUGUCUGGCUGCUAACGACCCGUACUGUGGCUGGUGUGUCCUGGAGGGACGGUGUGGCCAGCGCUGGGAGUGCCGGCAAGGGUCAGUGAGGGGUCAGUGGCUGUGGAGUUUCAACCAGACGCAGCAGUGCCUCAGCAUCCAACAUCUCAGCCUGUACAACAUCAGCCGUGGGGAGAAAACUGACAUCACAGUGUCAAUGGAAGGACUUCCUAGUCUGGGAGAAGGAGAGACCUACUCGUGCUUCUUCCACGACACAGAAACCUCUGCAUUGUUUACAAACACCGGCGUGAUAUGUCCCACCCCUGAUGUCAGCAGUCUGCCCCCCAUCGAGCGUGGAGAUGAGUUUGUGAUGGUGAUCCUGUCCUUACGUUACCUCAACGUGACCGUCGCAGAAACCGAGUUCACCUUGUACGACUGCAGGCUGGUACAAGAACUCUCUGGACGACGGCCGUGCCAAGGGUGUGUAAGCAGCCGCUGGGGGUGUAACUGGUGUAUACACGAGCACGUGUGCACGCACGCACACACCUGCAGCCGAGGAGUCACCAUCUACAACCAACAUUUCAAACCACCGACACCCACCAUCCCACCACCCACCAGAAAACAGACCACUUUACCCCCGACUCUGACGACCGCUCCUACAACAACACGGCCGCCACCCACCGUGCCUCCUGCUACCACCACUGCAGCUGUCACUCCCACCACUCUUUACAGCGAGUCCACAUCCCGCCCACCCCAGGACGUCACUCCCACCUUCACGGGGACCACCAUGGAUGUCAGUGUUACCGAUGGGUCCCCGUCACUGGUCACAACGCCAGGUUUUGUAGAAGUAGAGACUGUUGAUUGGCUGCUAGCUGCCAACACAUCUCGUAGUACAUCGCCCGGCAGCACAAGUGGCCCAGUUGACUCUGAAGUGGAGCCCUCUGGCUCCUCUUCUGGUGUAAGCUCAACCACAUCCAGGGAAGUUGUUACGCUAACAGAACUGGCAAGCAGUGAUUCCACCGAGGAAAGUGACGGCCCUCCGUGGAUUAAGGAGUGGUCUGAGGCGGAGGCAGACACGGAGUCACCCGGUCAGGAAAACAUCACCUUUACGCAAUCACCUGACAUUUUUAACAAACCCGACACCGAGUCCGACGAAAAUGACCAAGCAGAUUCUUCUGUUGGUUCUUAUUUGACGGACUGUCCUUGUGUGGAGAAAGUUGAGGAUUCCUCCCUCCUUCCUGUCAACGUGGAGAGGAAGAUCACGCUGGUCGGACGACACCUCCACCUGUUCCAGGAUGAGACUCUGGACUACGAAUGCGUGCUGGACAUCGAGAAUCAGUCCGUGGUGGUGGAAGCGUCCGUGGAGGUGGAUGACAAACAGCAGUCGGUCUUCUUGAUCACUUGCAGAUCUCACCAGUUUGCCUACUCUGCGCUGAUGGAGGAAUACCCAGCUGUGAUUAACGUGAGGAGGAAAGAUAACUUCCCCAUCGACAGCGCUGACGACCUUUUCGUGACUCUGUUUAAUUGUGCCGUGGGGAGGUCCGACUGCAGUCGCUGUCGUACCGCCGACCCCAAGUACGGUUGUGUGUGGUGCGGCGGUCCUGCCGACUCCCACUGUGUCUACCACCUGUCCUGCACUGAUGACGUCAAGCACACCUGUCCUGCGCCUGUCAUUCACUUUUUGGAUCCUGUGUCGGGCCCUAUCGAGGGAGGCACCCUGGUGACCAUUUCAGGCUCUAAUCUCGGCCAGAGGGCUGAAGACAUCCAGAACUCGGUCACGGUUGCCGGGGUUCCCUGCAGCGUGAUCCAAAGCAGAUACGAAGUCUCCUCCAGGAUCGUGUGUGAGACCACCAGCAGCAAUGGACAGAAGAGCGGCCAGGCCUCGGUCAAAGUGAGGGGAGGAGGACUUGGACUGUCUGCUCAGACCUUCAACUUUCAGGAUCCCACACUGAGCGGCGUCUCUCCCCAGAGAGGUCCCAAGGCGGGGGGCUCGUCCGUCACCAUCAAAGGUCGCGGCCUCCAAACGGGCCACCCGAGUGACGUCAGCGUCCUCAUCGGAGGAGUUCCAUGUAUGGUGCUCAACAUGGACGAGGAUCAGAUCUGCUGCCAGACCAGGGGCAGCAACAGGACAGGAGGACAUGGCAUCACAGUGCGGUUUGGAGGGGCUGAGCGCCAUCUGCAGGGUGUGGUGUAUCAUUACACCCCGAACCCUAACAUUACAUCGGCUGCACCACCCAGAAGCUUUCUCAGUGGAGGCAGAAUCAUCCGAGUGUCUGGUCAAAACCUGGAUGUGGUCCAAGAACCCAAAAUGCGGGUCACGCUCAGCCCGCCUGAUUCCCUUCCUCCCAGGCGGAGGCGGCGGGGCGUCCGUCGGGUGAAUGAAGCGCAACAUCAACAGAAGCCACUAAAGCGAGAACGCAGGAUGGUCCCAGAGGUGGACUGCUCCCACGGUGCACUCUGUCACGUCAAGCAGUACGAGUCUCGCUGCACAGUGAACAGCUCCUCCCUAAUCUUGUGUCCCACGCCGGCUGUGGGUCCGGACGCCAGGAGAGCCAGGGUCAAAGUUCAUUUCCUGCUGGACAGUCUCCAGUUUGACUUCAACGCGGUGGGCAGUGAAGCUUUCAACUACGAAGCCAACCCCAAGCUCUACAUACUCAACCGCAAGCAGCCCGACAAACCUUACCACCACAAACCUGGCAGCAUCAUCUCUGUUGAGGGGGAAAACCUGGACCUGGCCAUCUACAAACACGAGGUGGAGGCUCGGAUUGGGGAAGGUGUGUGUUCGGUGAAGACCCUGACCCACAACCAUUUGUACUGUGAACCGCCGGCCAAACAGCCGUCAGUCGCAGCCAGCCAGAAGAAGGAUGUUCUGGACGGUCUGCCUGAGUUCACUGUGAAAAUGGGCAACUUGAACUUCUCCCUGGGUAGAGUUCAGUAUGACAGCCAAGCUCUGUCCAUAUUCCCCAUGGAGGCUCAGGUGGGAGUCGGGGUGGGAGCCUCCAUAGUGGCUCUCAUCGUGCUCAUCAUAGUCCUCAUUUACAGGAGGAAGAGCAAACAGGCCAUGAGGGACUAUAAGAAGGUGCAGAUCCAGCUGGAGAAUCUGGAGACCAGCGUGCGAGACCGCUGCAAGAAGGAGUUCACAGACCUGAUGACAGAGAUGAUGGACAUGUCCAGUGACUUGGUGGGCUCGGGGAUUCCCUUCCUGGACUACAGAGCCUACGCCGAGCGCAUUUUCUUCCCAGGCCACAAGGAGUCGCCCCUGAGACGGGAUCUGGACGUGCCGGAAAGCCGGCGGCAGACUGUGGAGCAAGGCCUGGUUCAACUAUCUAAUCUGCUCAACAGUAAACUGUUUCUCACCAAGUUUAUCCACACUCUGGAGGCCCAGCAGACAUUCUCCCCCCGGGACAGAGCCUAUGUGGCAUCCCUGCUGACUGUGGCCCUGCAUGGUAAACUGGAGUACUUCACGGACAUUCUGAAGACGCUGCUCAAUGACCUGGUGGAGCAAUACGUGGCAAAGAACCCCAAACUCAUGCUUAGAAGAACUGAAUCAGUAGUUGAGAAGCUUCUCACCAACUGGAUGUCUAUUUGUCUCUUCAACUUCUUGCGGGAAUCCGCAGGAGAGUCCUUCUACAUGCUGUUCCGGGCUAUAAAGCACCAGGUGGACAAGGGGCCUGUGGACGCAGUUACUGGAAAGGCCAAGUACACCUUAAACGACAACCGUCUGCUGCGAGAGGACGUGGAGUACCGCAGCCUGACCCUAAACGUUGUGACACCAGCAGCCAGUGGAGGCGCCUCCACCCAGACGGUGGCGGCUAAAGUGCUGGACUGUGACACCAUCACCCAAGUCAAGGAGAAACUUCUGGACCAAACUUGGAAAGGGACAUCCAUCACCGGGAGGCCGCACGCCGACUCCUUACACCUCGAGUGGCGCUCAGGUGUGGCUGGUCACCUGAUCCUGUCAGAUGAGGACCUGACCUCGGUGGUGCAGGGCUCCUGGAAGCGUCUCAAUACAUUGCAGCACUACAAGGUCCCAGAUGGGUCAACGGUCGCUCUCGUCCCAAGAAACACCAAAAAUCACCUCCAUGACAGCCACGACUACAUGCCUGGAGAGAAGACUCCCAUGCUGGACGACGGCGAGGAAGGAGGGGUUAAGUUAUGGCAUCUGGUGAAAGCCAGCGAGGAGUCUGAGCUGCCCAAGCACAGGCGGGGCAGUGUGAGGGAGAAGGGCGGGGAGAGAGCCAAGGCCAUCCCCGAGAUCUACCUGACUCGCCUUCUCUCCAUGAAGGGCACGCUGCAGAAGUUCGUGGACGAUUUGUUCACGGCCAUCCUCAGCACCAGCCGUCCCGUCCCCCUGGCUGUCAAAUACUUUUUUGACAUGUUGGAUGAGCAGGCUCUGAAUCACAACAUCACCGAUGCGGAGACCAUCCACAUCUGGAAAACCAACAGCCUGCCGCUGCGAUUUUGGAUCAACAUCCUGAAGAAUCCGCAGUUCAUCUUCAACGUGCAGACGUCGGACCAUGUGGACGCGGUGCUGUUUGUCAUUGCCCAGACUUUUAUGGAUUCCUGCACCAUCGCCGACCACAAACUGGGACGGGACUCCCCUAUCAACAAGUUGUUGUACGCCAGAGACAUCCCGCGCUACAAGCAGAUGGUGGAGAGGUACUACGCAGACAUCCGUCAGACCAUCUCAGCCAGUGACCAGGAGAUGAACUCGGCUCUAGCGGAGCUCUCCCGUAACUACGCAGGGGAGGUCAACUUCCUGGUGGCUUUGCAUGAGCUGUACAAGUACAUCAACAAGUACUACGAUCAAAUCAUCACCGCCCUGGAGGACGACUGCACCGCCCAGAAGAUGCAGCUGGGCUACCGGCUGCAACAGAUCGCCGCCGCCGUGGAAAACAAAGUCACUGACCUAUGACCUCACAUGCGUCGCCAUACCUUCUCCCUGUCGCCACAAAGACGUUGAAGGGAGAGAGAAAAAAGACCCCGGCCUCCUUAAAAAAAGACAGAACCAUUUAUACACAAAAAUAGAAAAAAAAAAGAAGGCAUUUUUUUGUGGCGCACAAACAAGACGACCCGUUUUGUCCAAGGGACGACUGCUCGGUGGAUCUGGAUGGACGACAACGCUGAACAUUCCUGCAAACAGUCCUGAAAGGAGCAACUACGGUGGGAGUUUAGGUUGACGAGGAGGAAGAUGAAGUGACUUGAGGGGCUCCCGCAAUGUUACUAAAGUCUUACAAGGAACUGGAACUUAACAAUCAGCUUUCAAUCAUUCUUACUCAAAUGCAGAACCACAACAUUCUCAUAUCAUUUAUCCAUCAGAUUCAUUGUUUAGCUCGGAAUCCCCCCAAAAAACAAUCCGUCCCGUGUGAGAUCUGUUAAACUCAUCAGUCUUCCCCCCCGCCCUGUUAAAAAAAAGGUCCAAACAAGAUUGAGUUCUUUAAAAGCUAUUUUUAUUAUUCAUUGUUUUUUCAGGUUUAUGUUGGAAAUCAUAACAACGGGCUUGAAGGGUCGUCUUAAAAAAACCAAUGUUUUUAUUUGUGAACGGUUAUUACUAGGGAUGUCCGAUAAUGGCUUUUUGCCGAUAUCCGAUAUUCCGAUAUUGUGCAACUCUUUAAUUACCGAUACCGAUAUCGACCGAUACCGAUAUAUACAGUCCUGGAAUUAACACAUUAUUAUGCCUAAUUUGGACAACCAGGUAUGGUGAAGAUAAGGUCCUUUUAAAAAAAAAUAAAAUAAAAUAAGAUAAAUAAAUUCAAAAACAUUUUCUUGAAUAAAAAAGAAAGUAAAACAAUAUAAAAACAGUUACAUAGAAAUUAGUAAUGAAUGAAAAUGAGUAAAAUUAGCUGUUAAAGGUUAGUACUAUUAGUGGAGCAGCAGCACGCACAAUCAUGUGUGCUUACGGACUGUAUCCCUUGCAGACUGUAUUGAUAUAUAUUGAUAUGUAAUGUAGGAAGCAGAAUAUUAAUAACAGAAAGAAACAACCCUUUUGUGUGAAUGAGUGUAAAUGGGGGAGGGAGGUUUUUUGUGUUGGUGCACUAAUUGUAAGUGUAUCUUGUGUUUUUUAUGUGGAUUUAAUUGAAAAAAAAUAAGUAAAAAAAUAAAAACGAUACCGAUAAUGAAAAAAACGAUACCGAUAAUUAACGCAUUUAUCGGCCGAUAAUAUCGGCAGGCCGAUAAGAUGUACGAUAAUGGCUUUUUCCCGAUAUUCCGAUAUUGUCCAACUCUUUAAUUACCGAUACCAAUAUCAACCGAUACCGAUACAGCUCUUUGAGACACUUGUGAUUUAGGGCUAUAUAAAUAAAUAUUGAUUGAUUGAUUGAUAUCAACCGAUACCGAUAUAUACAGUCGUGGAAUUAACACAUUAUUAUGCCUAAUUUGGACAACCAGGUAUGGUGAAGAUAAGGUCCUUUUUUUUAAAAAAUUUAUAAAAUAAAAUAAGAUAAAUACAUUUAAAAUAUUUUCUUGAAUAAAAAAGAAAGUAAAACAAUAUAAAAACAGUUACAUAGAAAUUAGUAAUGAAUGAAAAUGAGUAAAAUUAGCUGUUAAAGGUUAGUACUAUUAGUGGACCAGCACAAUCAUGUGUGCUUACGGACUGUAUCCCUUGCAGACUGUAUUGAUAUAUAUUGAUAUAUAAUGUAGGAAGCAGAAUAUUAAUAACAGAAAGAAACAACCCUUUUGUGUGAAUGAGUGUAAAUGGGGGAGGGAGGUUUUUUGUGUUGGUGCACUAAUUGUAAGUGUAUCUUGUGUUUUUUAUGUGGAUUUAAUUUUAAAAAAAAACAACAAAAAAAACGAUACAGAUAAUAAAAAAAAACAAUACCGAUAAUUUCCGAUAUUCCAUUUUAAAGCAUUUAUCGGCUGAUAAUUUAGGCAGGCCGAUAUUAUCGGACAUCUCUAGUUAUUACGUGUUGUUUUUAUAGAACACCGCUUUUUCUUGUUGCUGUUAGCAUUUAGCACAAAGCACCUCCGUGCCAAAGUACACUGCAUUUAUUUCCCCUCCUUGUCACAGUCAAGUUCUGUGCAAAAUACUCAUUCUUGCUGCAAAUGUGGUUUAAAUGUUGGGCAAAAACAGCUGGCUUGAAAAUGAGCCGAUUGUGACGUCGUUUUACGAUAGCUUGAUGAAGGUACCUUUGGCUCUUUAGCGUUUAAAAAUUUAAUUUAUUUGUUGUUUGUAUUUAUUUAAUUGCUUAUGUUUGUAAGCGUAUUUUGAUUUAGUCGCCCUUCCAUGUCAUUUGGUACUUUUUUUCUUUUUAAGGAAAAAAAAAAUGCAUUUUUUUUUUUUUUUACCGUGUGUUAUAUUGCUGUGACUUAAAAAAAAGUCAAAUUCACUGUAAUUGUUAUUUUUAUUUGUUUUAAAUAUUCGGUACUGCUUAAGGAUGUUGCAAGCAUUGAAUUUGUACAUAAACAUUUUAGUGCUUCCUGUAGCGUGGAUGCAACGUGGCUCUUUAACUGUUGUGACCGUGGAUUCUUGUACAGUAGAUACACUCUGUUGCUAAAUCAUUCUGACUUUAAGUCUUCAAAAACCUAACAAAGGCUGAAUGUGACGCAAUAAAGUGUUCCCAGUUCUAACAAAGAUUGCAAAGAUUAUAAGUCACUGCUGUUUAACUUAUUAACACCGUGUCUUUUUCUUCAUAUUUGACAUGUUUUCAGCGUGUGAAAGUGUAUUUCACACAUUUGGCCACUAGAGGCAGCAACUCCUCUCCCUAUGAGGAAAGAGAAGAAGAAGAGCAAGCUAAUAAGCUACAUAAUUUGUCUUAUUGUGUGUCAAACUUGAACCUCAAAUGUUGACAAUACACGGUGAGUACCGUAUUUUUCGGACUAUAAGUGGCAGUUUUUUUCAUAGUUUGGCCGGGGGUGCGACUUAUACUCAGUGAAAUGAUUAACACAUUAGCGUAAAAUAUCCAAUAAUAUUAUUGAUGUCAUUGACGUAAGAGACUAGACGUAUAAGAUUUCAUGGGAUUUAGCGAUUAGGAGUGACAGAUUGUUUGGUAAACGUAUAGCAUGUUCUAUAUGUUAUAGUUAUUUGAAUGACUCUUACCAUAAUAUGUUACAUUAACAUAUCAGUUGGUUAUUUAUGCCUCAUAUAACGUACACUUAUUCAGC